UUAUGAGUGACUACGUUCCGUCUAAUACAAAUAUGCUGCCUUCUUUUUGUUCAACGCUUGCUCGUUCAAAUUCGAACAAUAACAACAGCAACAAUAUUCUCCAAUUAUUAACUCCUCGGAGAGCGUUAGAGGAGAGUAUGUUGGCUGGGAGGGUGCAGCUGCCAGGAACUCCUCUUAUGAUUUGGAACAAUAAAUAA